UACCGCUUGACGCUGUCAUAAGUGCAAAGAAAGCUUUGACAAAAUCACACACUGUGAUAUCAAUUCAGAUCAGCUGACGUUAAACACAAGGAACAAGAUGACAGAAGAUGUUACUGACAAGUUAUCACAACUCAAUAUUGAUGACAAAGUUUUAGGCAGUGAUGGAUCAUUGAUUCAGAGACUGUACAAUGGUGCAAACGUUGAUGAUCCAUUGGACGUAUUCAACUCUGCAUCACACGAAGAACUUGAUCAGCUCGUGAAGAAAUUCCCAGCAAGAACGUUAGAGUUAUUUUCUGACAAUUCGUUGCCACCGAAACUGCUCAUUACUUCAAUUAAUACUGAGACGUCAUUGUCGUAUUUGAAGUUAUUGGUGUCGUUGAUCAAGAGGAAUGACGGGAACGACGUUGACUAUUAUUUGAAGCUCGUGUCAUCACUCGUCAACGAAUUUGAAUACCAAGUGAAAGACUUGAACCCCAUCAUCAGCGUCAUAGUGCCACACUUCUCCAGCUCUGAUCUUGUUCAAGUUAUACUUGUGAAGUUAUACGCAGUGUAUAAGGAACAGAUCAUCCCACCUCUCAAGGAUUCGGUAGAGCUGCUUUCUGUGAAUGGUGAAGUUAUAACAUGUUGUCAACUGUUAGUUCUUUUAUUUCAGUUGAAUGCCAAGUCUGCUGUGGAUAUUUUCCAGCUUGAUAGUGUUCAGCUCAUGUUGUAUGAUGCUGGUUCAAGUCACUCUACCAAGAUAAUUGAGAACGGAUUGAAUUUGCUAUCCACGGCGUGUGUUGAUGAACCUACAAGAAAUGCAAUCUUUAGCAAAUACUUGGAUCAACUUAUACAAGGAACGAAUCAAACCGAUAUCAAUAUAAAGACACUGGCUGCUUUGGUGAUUGUGAAAACUUGGAAUUUCCAGGCUUUAGACACCAAUCAGAAGAUAUCGUUAGAGGAUUUGACAAAUAUAUUCAUUGUGAAUUUAAACUCUCAUUCCAUUGAAGGAUUAGCGUAUCUUUCCAUGAAGAAAUCCAUAAGGUCUCACUUACGUAAAGAUGGUGAAUUUGUUAUUGAACUGGUUCAAAAGUUGGAAACACCGGGGAGUGACCUUUAUGGUAUUCUGUUAAUUAUCGGGAACUUGACCACUCUGGAAGAAGAAGAAGAAACAUCCCAGUUGAAAAGACAUGCACAGAAGGGACUUGAUGAAGAGAUUGAGGAGUCUCAAGAUGAUAUAUUUGAAUUCAUGGAUGAUUUAAUGGAACUCUCUAUCGUUUCAAAGUUCUGUUCUCAUUCAAAGAUUUCUAAGCAAUGUAUGGAACAAGGGAUGAAGAUUUUCUACAACUUGUCGAAGAACAAGGCAAAUCACGAACAAUUGGUUAAACAGGGUGCACUAAUUAGAAUCAUGGAGUUCAUUGGAAGGGAAACCGAGGUUACAGAUUACAAACUGAUGGCUUUCAAAGCGUUGAGUAUGAUCCUGACAACAUCGGAUCCUCAUUUAGUGUUUGGUCCAAAUGCCUCUCUGAAAACAGCUGUGAAUUACCUGUUCCAAUUCCUAGCGAUGGAUAACAUCUCUCUGAGGGACCAGUUCCAAAUAUUGCUAUCCUUAACGAAUCUCAGCGUCAUUGAUCAUGGUCCAUUGACGAGUGAACAGUGGGACGAGCUGGACGACGAGCUCGUACAGACAGACCAUCCAAUGGUUAAGACAUCCAUUCUCGAGCUGAUAUCCAAUCUCAUGCAACACAGGUCCAAUCUGCCUGCAUUGUUCAACUGGGCAAACCCGAAGAACAAAAAACGGUAUGACCUCAUUGUGAAGAUGACCAGAUUGCCAGACGUGAAAGCCCAAUGCUCUGCGAUAAGCUCUCUAUCGUUCGGCGUAACCUUUCAGCUCAUAGGCGAGGAACUGCUCAAGGACAAGCCCCUGAGGGAUAACCUUCUUCAGGUAUUGAACGAGCAGCCUAAGGAGAGAGAAUUGGUCGAGAGAGCCGCUUUCGUCUUUUACUACUUGCUGUUCUACGCAGACGUUACCGAGAACAAGACCAUCUUCACCGAUAAGAAGACUAUUAUCGACACACUCGACAGGGCAAUUGGUGCUUGUCACAACGAAGAAGCUCUUGAAAUGCUCAAAGAGUGUAAGUCACUCGUAUCAAAUCUAUAAAGUAAACAAUGACGUCAUUCUUAUUUUUCUCAAAUUCACACUAAAAUAUUCGCGGU